CGGCAAUUUUCUCGAUAGUUCAGAAGCAAUUCAAACGCAACCAUCUUGCAACUCUGUUAGGGUUAUAAAGAAAGAGAAGUAGCUAAAAGAAAAUAUCGAUAAGGAAUCAAAACUUUGUUAUGACCGAAGGGAAUAAAAAUUACAAGGAAGAUAUAGGGUAUACGACCGAGUUGUGUGACUACUUGCUUCGUACACUCGGCAUAUGGCCAUUUUCGAAGAAGAAAAAGGAAUGUACGGAAAGUCUGCUAAAGCUUCUCGUCAUUUUAUUUAGCUACUCUCUAUUGGGUUUCUUCGUUGUACCAGCUAUACUUCAUCUGAUCUUGAUCGAAAAAGAUUCUGGCGCGAAGCUGAAAAAAUUACCGCUCAUCUUUUACAACGUCAUUUCGAUCGCGAAAUAUAGCGGAUUGCUCUUGCAGGAAAAUCAAAUCGCUCGUUGCCUGAGGCACGUCGAAGAGGAUUGGAAAAGUGUUAAAAUCGAAAGUUAUCGUGUGAUAAUGAAAAAGAAAGCAAAACUCGGAAGACGACUGCUUCUCAUUUGCGGUAUUCUCAUGUAUAGCAGCGGUGGUUUCAAUCGAGUUUUUCUACCCCUUUCUAGGGGCAAGAUAGUAACCCUUCAAAAUAUUACGAUCAGACCUCUUCCCUGUUCCGGAUAUUAUGUCUUCUUCAACGAUCAAAUCAGUCCUAAUUAUGAGAUCGUCUUUUGCCUGCAGUGCGUCUCCGGAUUGGUAACUUAUUCAAUUACCACAGCGAUCUGUGGCUUAGCGGCACUUUUCGUCAUGCAUGCUUGCGGACAACUCGAAAUUCUCGUGAAAUUAAUCAAAGGUAUCGUUAAAAAGACCGAUAACGGAGAAGAUCAAACAAAUAAACUGAUUUCUAUAACGGUUGAGCAUCAAAUUAAAGUACGAAGUUUUUUGCAAACGGUAGAUGUUACGAUGCAACAGAUAUGUUUGUUCGAGCUCAUGGGUUGCACCUUGACCAUGUGUUUCUUUGGAUAUUGUUUAAUUACGGAAUGGGGCAACCACAACCCGACUAGUAUUUGUACAUACUUCGUCGGGCUUUUAUCUAUAACAUCUCAUAUUUUCAUGUUCUGUUUUGUCGGUGAACAGCUUACUUUACAGGCAGAAAAGGUGGCUGUAACAUCCUGCAUACUUGAUUGGUACCGUUUGCCAAACAACAAGGCCAAGAGCGUCAUUUUAAUAAUGGCUAUAUCUCAUUGUCCCAUGAGAAUUACAGCAGGAAACGUAAUAGAACUAUCUCUUCAAACUUUUGGUCAGGUUAUCAAAACAGCAGCAGCAUAUUGCAAUAUAUUACGAACAGUAACUUAAUCAUUACUUUUUCAAGUAGUAAAAAUUAUAAAAUGUAUCUAAAAAAAAAACGCGAUACACAUUACAAAAACUAAAGGAAUAUAUCGAUUUUAAUAGUACGAAUAAAAGUGAUUCGUAAAAAAUGUAGACAGGGAUUUUAUAAAGUUUUCUGAAGUAUAUAUGCAAUGAAAGGGUUGCGCUUCUUUAUAGAAAACGCUAUCUACAAUACUUUUCUCGUUCAAUAUUUAUCGCACUGUUGUAAUCGAUGUUAUGUAAACUUUUACAAAUUCCCUAUCUCUUUUAUACUACGUAUAAUUUAUCUGUGGUUUUAUCUGGGCAGCCUAUGAUUGAUAUGUAUUCAUAAAAAUCCUAAACUUUUUAUAUUUCCUAUGUAUGAAUAAAAUUCUCUUCGUUAAUUGAAAAUAAAUUAUUAAUAUAAACAUGAAACAGUAUCUAUGAAAUAGUUCAUAAAUAAUUCUGAAUGUAGCUACCGAAUUUAAUCAAUGAAUUACAAUGUCUACGAAAUAGUAAGGCAUUAAUUCAGUGUCUCUAUAAUAAUUAAUCAAUGACUUACCGACUUACCAAUCUUAUCGACAUUGCCUACUCAUCGAAAUAACCAGCUAAGCGCAAUCAUCAACUCAAUGAUAUUACCAGUUACCGGUAUUACCGACUUUUUUGCCUUAGAGUUUACUGAUCAUUUAUCUACAGAUAUAUUAUUAAUGAUUUUUAUUAUAAAGAAUAAUAAUUCUAUUAACAUCACAUUCUCCUGAAUUACAUUUGAAGAAUUUCAUUUCAAUGUUUAGAGAAUUAAUUUCUGUGACAGGAGAAUAUGAUGUCAAAAGAAGUGGUAGGAUUUUUCAGAUAAGGUUUUCGGAUAAUUUGCACGUGCAAGGAGUGUACAAAAUAUUCAUCAUGUGUUUAUUAUAGCUAAUCAAUGUUUAUUUUAAUCUUUAUAUAUAUAUAUAUAUGUGUGUGUGUGUGUGUGUGUGUGUGUGAUAAUCCGAGUUGUUUUUUGUAUCAUAACUUUUGUAUUACAUUAUGUCAAUAUUUUUCAUUAUACAAUUUCAAACAAUUCGAUGAUUCAAUGUCUUUCUAAUCUACAUUUAUUUCUUACGACAAUAUGUAUUAAUUUGUGUCAUUUAUAUUAUUUUUAUAUGUUUCAUUUCGUUCUAUACAUUUAAUUCAAUAUUAUAUAUGUAAAUUUCAUGUUUUAAUAUUUUUGAUUAAGGAUUAAUAUCGAUACGUCUUGCUUUAAGUAUUGUUAUAUUCUUUUAAUUUCAUUCAAGCAAAAUAUAUAUUUAAAAACUAACUUCAAACUUUUUUUCAAUUAAAUCGUUUUACGUUUUGGAAAAAAAUCCCUUCGAUUUAUUCAUAUAUAAUAUAUAAUCUAUAUAAAAAUCUGCUUGUAAUUAAUUCAUUAUAGUAUAAUUAAUAUGGAAUACAAUUUAUUACAUUUGGAAAUAAUCUUUAGAUUUCAUUUAUUUGUAAUUAUUCUAUAGUAUUACGUUGUGUAAACUCUACAAAUAUUUUUCGAAUUUCUUUUUUCAUUAAGUAAUACAAUAAUAAAUCGAUCAAUUACAAUAUAAAAAUAUUUUAAUAUAAUUUUAGAAAUCUUUUUUUGUUGUAUCUUUCUUAUUACAUUCCAAUCACAUUAUUUCUUAUAUCUAUUUAUCAGGUAAUUCGUUAUAGAAUUUUUUUCAGAGUAAGAAGUUUUCUGUCGUCAUUUCU